GUUCAGCGAACUUGGAUGCAUUUGGAGAGCAUUUUCAUGUCUUCUGAAGAUAUAAGAAAACAGCUUCCAGUCGAUGCUGACAGAUUUAAUAGAAUUGACAAAGAAUUUAAAGCAAUGACCGAAGAUAUGGCAAAAACACCAAAUGUCGUUGAAGCAACAAAUCGGGAAGGAUUAGCCGCUAAACUGGAUAUUUUGCAAAAAGAAUUAGUCUUGUGUGAGAAAGCAUUAGCAGAAUAUCUGGAAACGAAACGACUCGCCUUUCCAAGAUUUUAUUUUGUCUCCUCGAGUGAUUUGUUGGACAUUCUUUCUAAUGGAACCCAACCUGCUGUCGUUGCUAAACAUCUGACAAAACUUUUUGAUUCAAUGGCUAGAUUGAAAUUUGCUGAAACUAAAGAAAAUGCACCCAAGAAAAUUUAUGGAAUGUACGCGAAGGAUGGUGAAUACGUUGAAUUUACCAACUAUGAAAUGGUCUGCGAUGGAGCAGUGGAGGUCUGGCUGAACAAACUUCAAAUGGCAAUGCGAGUUUCGAUACGUCAUUAUUUCAGCGAUGCAGUAGUCUUGUAUGAAGAGAAACCUCGUGAACAGUGGCUUUUCGAUUAUCCAGCUCAAGUGUCAUUAUGUGGAACUCAAAUUUGGUGGACGACAGAAGUGACCCUAGCUUUUGGAAGAUUAGAGGAAGGUUAUGACAAUGCUAUAAAGGAUUACCUGAAAAAGCAGAUUUCCCAACUAAGUACUUUGAUUUCCUUACUUCUUGGGGAACUGAGUAAGCUGGAUCGUCAGAAAGUGAUGACAAUUUGCACAAUUGAUGUGCACUCGAGAGAUGUUGUGGCAAAGUUGGUACAAGCCAAGGUGGAAACUGCUCAAGCCUUUCAGUGGCAGAGCCAACUUCGACAUAGAUGGGAUGAGAAAGAAAAGGAUUGUUUUGCUAAUAUUUGCGAUGCGCAAUUCAAAUAUUCCCAUGAGUAUUUGGGAAAUACACCUAGAUUGGUCAUAACUCCAUUGACAGACAGAUGCUACAUCACCCUAACGCAAUCUCUUCAUCUCGUGAUGGGAGGUGGACCGGCAGGACCAGCCGGAACUGGAAAGACGGAAACUACGAAAGAUUUGGGUAGAGCAUUGGGAAUUAUGGUCUACGUUUUUAACUGUUCAGAGCAAAUGGACUAUAAAUCUUGUGGGAACAUCUAUAAAGGUCUUGCUCAAACAGGAGCAUGGGGUUGUUUUGAUGAGUUUAACAGAAUAUCAGUAGAGGUCUUAUCUGUCGUAGCAGUUCAAGUAAAAUCUGUUCAAGAUGCUAUAAGAGACAAGAAAGUCAAGUUUAACUUCAUGGGAGAAAUAAUAGCAUUGGUCCCUACAGUUGGUAUAUUUAUAACUAUGAAUCCAGGUUAUGCCGGAAGGACCGAGUUACCGGAAAAUUUGAAAGCUCUUUUUCGACCUUGUGCCAUGGUUGUUCCAGAUUUUGAAUUGAUAUGUGAGAUAAUGUUGGUAGCUGAAGGUUUUCAAGAAGCUAAGAUCCUAGCUAGGAAGUUCAUAACUUUGUAUACCCUGUGUAAGGAACUGCUUUCAAAACAAGAUCACUAUGAUUGGGGGUUGAGAGCUAUCAAGUCGGUUUUGGUGGUUGCUGGGAGCUUGAAGAGAGGGGAUCCUGGAAGACCAGAAGAAGAAGUGUUGAUGAGAGCACUUAGGGAUUUUAACAUACCCAAAGUUGUAUCAGAUGAUCUACCUGUGUUUAUGGGCUUGAUCGCUGAUCUUUUUCCAGCUUUGGAUGUUCCUAGGAAAAGGGACGUUGAUUUUGAAAAGACUGUAAAGCAAGCAGCUGCUGAUUUAUUUUUACAGCCUGAAGAUGGUUUUAUAUUGAAAGUGGUCCAGCUGGAAGAGUUGCUGGAAGUUAGACAUUCUGUCUUUAUUGUUGGCUUGGCAGGAUGUGGCAAGACUCAAGUUUGGAACACACUCUUCAGGACCUACCAGAAUAUCAAAAGAAAACCGAUAUACAACGACCUGAAUCCUAAAGCUGUGACCAAUGAUGAACUUUUUGGAAUCAUCAAUCCAGCUACCCGAGAAUGGAAGGAUGGUUUAUUUUCUGUGAUAAUGAGAGAGCAGGCUAACCUUGGAGGUGAAAAUCCUAAAUGGAUCGUACUUGAUGGAGAUAUUGAUCCAAUGUGGAUUGAGUCACUCAAUACAGUCAUGGACGACAACAAAGUCCUGACUUUAGCCAGCAAUGAAAGAAUAGCUUUGAAUCAAGCUAUGAGGUUACUAUUUGAAAUAUCGAAUCUCAGAACUGCUACCCCUGCUACUGUUUCUAGAGCUGGAAUUCUUUACAUCAAUCCUCAAGAUCUAGGUUGGAAUCCUUACGUAACCAGCUGGAUUGAAAAGAGAACAUUGCCGAAUGAAAAAUCAAACCUGGUGAUUUUGUUUGACAAAUACAUUCCACAGUGUUUGGAAACACUAAGAACAAGGUUUAAGAAGAUUACACCAAUUGCUGAUAUGGCUCAUGUCGAAAUGCUUUGUCAUCUACUUAACUGCCUAUUGACACCUGAAUUGACAGCAACUGAUUUCACUAAGGAUGACUAUGAAAUGUAUUUUGUAUUUGCAGCCGUAUGGGCCUUUGGGUCCUCUAUGUUCCAAGAUCAAACUGUGGAUUAUCGGGUGGAAUUCACCAAAUGGUGGGUCAACGAAUUCAAGCAAGUGAAAUUUCCUGUUCAAGGAACAGUAUUCGACUAUUACAUUGACUCUGAAACAAAAACCUUUGUAUCCUGGACUCAACGUCUUCCAAAAUUCGAAUUGGAUCCAGAUAUUCCACUACAAGCAAUUCUUGUUUACACAUCUGAAUCAAUCAGGAUCCGAUAUUUCCUGGAUCUCCUGAUGGCUGAAAAGCAUCCUGUAAUGUUGGUUGGUACAGCAGGUUGUGGAAAGACGGUUUUGGUUUCAGAGAAACUACUUCAGCUUUCAGAAAACUAUGCAGUCGCGAACGUACCUUUUAACUUCUACACGUCAUCUGAGAUGCUUCAGAAAAUACUAGAGAAGCCACUGGAGAAGAAAGCUGGUAGAAAUUAUGGACCACCUGGUAACAAGACCCUAGUGUAUUUUAUUGAUGACAUGAACAUGCCAGAGGUGGAUACAUAUGGGACAGUUCAACCUCAUACCUUGAUUAGGCAGCAUCUGGAUUAUGGACAUUGGUAUGAUAGGACAAAGCUGACAUUGAAGGAUAUUCACAAUUGUCAGUAUGUGAGUUGUAUGAACCCAACAGCUGGGUCCUUCACUAUUAAUCCAAGAUUGCAGAGACAUUUUUCCGUCUUUGCUGUCAGUUUUCCAAACGCUGAUUCUUUGACCACCAUAUAUGCUUCGAUACUGUCACAGCAUCUGGGAAAUGUUGAACACAGGUUCCCUGUUUGUGUCAUAUCCUUGUGCAACAACAUCGUUCAAGCUUCUCUUCAACUUCAUCAUCGUUGUGCCCAAAUGUUCUUACCAACAGCCAUGAAGUUUCAUUACAUCUUCAACUUGAGAGACUUAUCAAAUUGUUUUCAGGGCUUAUUAUUUAGUACAAAUGAAUGUCUACAAGUACCUUCUGAUGUUAUCAGAUUGUGGUUACACGAAACACAUCGAGUGUAUGGGGACAAAUUGGUUGAUGAAAAAGAUAUCGAGAGUUUCUACAAGUUCCAAAUUGACAUUUUAAAGAAGAACGUCGAGGAGAUUGAUGAGGGAACUGUCUUGGAGAAACCAAACAUUUAUUGUCACUUUGCAGGUGGUGUUGGAGAACCCAAAUACAUGCCAGUAAUGGACUGGGCAAGUCUUCACCGUUUGCUCUCUGAAGCUUUGAUCAGUUACAAUGAUCUGGUGUCUGCCAUGAAUCUAGUUUUAUUUGAAGAUGCUAUGAUGCAUGUGUGUCGAAUCAACAGAAUCUUGGAAUCACCCAGAGGUAGUGCUUUACUUGUAGGGGUUGGCGGAUCUGGAAAACAAAGUCUCUCUCGUCUAGCAGCCUUCAUCAGUUCAUUGGAAGUAUUCCAAAUUCAGCUAAGAAAGGGUUAUGGGGUUAUUGACUUUAAAUUAGAAUUGGCCUCUCUUUACACAAAAUCAGGUUUAAAAAAUUUAGGAAUAAUGUUCCUGAUGACUGAUGCCCAGGUGCCUAAUGAACAGUUCUUGGUUCUCAUAAACGACAUGCUGGCUUCUGGUGAAGUGCCUGAUUUGUUUCCUGAAGAUGAGGUGGAAAAUAUCAUAGCUGGUGUGCGCAAUGAAGUCAAAGGGGCUGGAAUAGUCGAUUCAAGAGAAAAUUGUUGGAAGUUCUUUAUUGACAGAGUUCGUCGUCAACUGAGAGUCGUUCUUUGUUUUUCCCCUGUUGGUUCCACCCUGAGGGUUCGAUCUAGAAAAUUUCCAGCUAUCAUAAAUUGCACAGCUAUUAACUGGUUCCAUGAAUGGCCUCAAGAAGCGUUAAUGUCUGUUUCCAAAAGAUUCCUACAGGAACUGAAUGAGUUACCGGAAGCAUACAGGGAGUCAGCUGCUAAGUUUAUGGCACACGGUCACACAACUGUAAACUCUGCUAGUCGUCAAUACUUAGCAAGUGAACGACGUUAUAAUUACACAACUCCCAAAUCUUUCUUAGAACAGAUUAGCCUGUACACCAAACUUUUAAAAGCGAAAUCUAAAGAACUUCGUGGUCGGAUUGAAAGGUUAGAAAAUGGAUUAGCGAAGUUACGGUCCACAGCAGCUCAAGUGGAUGAGUUAAAACAAAAGUUAGCAGUACAGGAAAUUGAGUUACAACAGAAGAACGACGCAGCUGAUACACUGAUCACUAUAGUUGGAGUGGAAACUGAGAAAGUGUCGAAAGAAAAGGCUUUAGCUGAUGCGGAAGAAUCUAAAGUGGCAAUAAUCGCAGAUGAGGUUUCAAAGAAGCAAAGGGAUUGCGAAGCUGAUUUAUUAAAAGCUGAACCGGCAUUGUUAGCAGCCCAGGAAGCUUUGAACACGUUAAAUAAAGCAAAUCUUACCGAGUUGAAAUCUUUUGGUUCACCUCCAGGGGCUGUCACGAAUGUUACAGCAGCUGUUAUGGUUCUCCUGGCUCCUAAUGGGAAGGUACCGAAAGAUAGGAGUUGGAAAGCAGCCAAGAUUGUCAUGGCAAAAGUUGAUAACUUCCUUGAUGCUUUGAUCAAUUAUGACAAAGAAAAUAUCCAUCCUGAAGUUAUUAAGGCUAUCCAACCAUAUUUAAAAGACUCAGAGUUUGAACCAGAGUUUAUAAGAUCGAAAUCAGCCGCUGCAGCUGGAUUGUGUGCUUGGGUCAUUAACAUAAUCAAGUUUUAUGAAGUGUUCUGUGAUGUAGAACCCAAACGAAAAGCCCUUGCUCAAGCAAAUGCUGAGUUGGCAGCAGCUCAGGAUAAGCUGAGUGUUAUAAAACGCAAAGUUUGUUCCUUAGAAGAACAAUUAGCAAAGUUAACUGCAGAUUUCGAACAAGCCACAGCUGAAAAGGUAAAGUGCCAGAAAGAAGCUGAUGCCACAAAUGCUACAAUUGCACUUGCAAAUCGACUAGUUGGUGGCUUGGCAUCAGAAAAUAUCAGAUGGGCGGACUCUGUAGCAAGUUUUAUGCAACAAGGAUCAACUUUACCAGGAGAUGUCUUACUCGUUACUGCUUUUAUUUCAUACGUGGGUUGUUUCACAAAACAAUUGCGAUUAGAUCUUCUCACUAAGCAGUGGCUUCCUUUCCUUCGAAAUAUUGAUCCAGCUAUUCCUAUCACUGAUGGUCUUGAUCCCUUAUCACUGUUAACAGACGACACUCAGAUAGCAAAGUGGAACAAUGAAGGUCUACCAAACGACAGAAUGUCCACUGAAAAUGCUACAAUUUUAACUAACUCUGAUCGUUGGCCUCUGAUGAUAGACCCACAGCUUCAAGGCAUAAAGUGGAUUAAGCAAAAGUAUGGAGAGGAACUGAAAGUUAUUCGUCUUGGUCAACGAGGCUAUCUAGACAUAAUCGAGGUAUCUUUAGCAAGUGGUUCCACUGUUCUUGUUGAAAAUAUAGGAGAAUCUGUUGAUCCCGUUUUGGAUCCUUUGCUGGGUAGAAACCUUAUCAAGAAAGGACGUGCUAUAAAAAUUGGUGAUAAGGAAGUUGAGUAUAACUCCAACUUUAGGUUGCUGCUUCACACCAAGCUGGCGAAUCCUCAUUACAAACCAGAGAUGCAGGCACAAACGACUUUGAUCAACUUCACGGUAACUAGAGACGGUUUAGAAGAUCAGCUUUUGGCUGAGGUGGUUAAAGCUGAAAGGCCAGAUCUUGAAGAAUUAAAAGCUGAACUGACGAGGCAGCAAAAUGAUUUUAAAAUCACUUUAAAUAGUCUAGAAGACUCCCUUCUCUCCAGACUUUCAUCAGCAGACAGCAAUGUUCUUGGUGAUACAGCUUUAGUAGAAAAUCUUGAAACUACAAAGCGAACUGCAGCAGAGGUUGAACGAAAAGUCACAGAAGCUAGGGGCACCAGUAAGGAAAUUGAUGCUGCUCGAGAAAUAUACAGGCUAGCAGCUGCCAGAGCUUCGCUUCUCUAUUUUAUCCUUAACGAUUUGAAUAUGAUUAACCCGAUUUAUCAAUUUUCACUAAAAGCCUUUAGUGUUGUCUUUCAGAAAGCUAUUCUUAAAGCUGAUGCAGCUCCUGAUGUCUCUAGUCGUGUAAUGAAUCUAAUAGAAUGUAUCACCUACUCAGUCUUUAUGUACACAAGCAGAGGACUUUUCGAGUGUGAUAAAUUAAUCUUCACGUCACAGAUGACCUUUCAAAUUCUUCUUGUUAGAAAAGAGAUUUCCGCUACUGAUCUGGACUUUUUGUUAAGGUUUCCGCUCACUCCACACGUAACAUCUCCUGUCGAUUUUUUGACAAAUACUAGUUGGGGUGGAAUCCGGAGUUUGGCUAGCAAAGAUGAAUUCCGAAAUCUCGACAGAGAUAUUGAAAGUUCAUCCAAACGUUGGAAAAAAUUUGUUGAAUGUGAAUGUCCUGAAAGAGAAAAGUUCCCUCAGGAAUGGAAAAAUAAAACGGCUCUUCAGCGUCUUUGUAUGUUAAGGGCCUUAAGACCUGACAGAAUGACAUAUGCGAUUUCUGCUUUUAUUGAAGACAAAUUAGGUCCACGUUUUGUUGAAGGAAGAACUGUUGAGUUUGCAAAAUCUUUUGAGGAAACGAGUCCAUCAAAUCCUAUUUUCUUUAUCUUAUCUCCAGGAGUAAAUCCACUGAAGGAUGUGGAAGACUUGGGAAAACGUCUAAGCUUCUCCUCUGAUAACCAGAAUUUCCACAAUGUUUCUCUGGGUCAAGGUCAAGAAGCUGUAGCAGAACAAGCCAUGGAUGAAGCUUCCCAAAAAGGCCACUGGGUUGUUCUCCAAAAUAUACAUUUGGUUAAAAAAUGGUUGCCGUUUCUAGAGAAAAAAUUAGAAGUUGCCUCCGAAGGAUCUCAUCCUGACUAUCGAGUUUUCAUGAGUGCUGAACCAGCAAGUACUCCUUCUGGCCAUAUUAUUCCACAGGGGAUUUUGGAGUCAUCAAUAAAAAUAACGAACGAACCACCAACUGGAAUGCAGGCUAAUCUGCACAAAGCCCUGGAUAAUUUUUCACAAGAGACUCUGGAAAUAUGCAGUAAGGAAGCAGAGUUCAAAGCAAUCUUAUUCUCCCUUUGCUAUUUCCACGCCGUUGUUGCUGAGAGGAGAAAAUUUGGCCCUCAAGGCUGGAAUAAAAUUUAUCCUUUCAAUGUUGGAGAUUUAAAUAUCAGUGUGAGUGUUCUUUAUAAUUAUUUGGAGGCGAGUCCAAAAAUACCUUGGGAAGAUCUGAGGUACCUUUUUGGUGAAAUUAUGUAUGGAGGACACAUAACUGAUGAUUGGGAUCGAAGAUUGUGUGUAUCUUAUUUGGAGGAAUUGAUGCAACCUGACCUUGUUGAUGGAGAACUGCAGUUAGCUCCAGGUUUUCCUGCUCCUCCUAAUACAGAUAUGGUUGGCUAUCAUACAUAUAUUGAUGAAGCAAUGCCCCCAGAAUCUCCAUAUUUAUAUGGUCUUCAUCCUAAUGCUGAAAUUGGUUUUUUAACAACCACAUCCGAGAAUUUGUUUAAAACGGUUUUUGAAAUGCAACCCAGAGAUGCUGGAAGUUCUGGUGGACAAACGGUCACAAGAGAAGAAAAGGUAAAGCAAAUAUUGGACGAAAUAAUGGAAAAAUUACCGGAAGAAUUUAACAUGGUAGAAAUUAUGGGAAAAGUGGAAGAACGCACUCCGUAUGUAAUUGUUGCGUUUCAAGAAUGCGAAAGAAUGAAUUACCUUACAGGAGAAAUUAAAAGGUCACUUCGAGAAUUGGAUUUGGGUCUGAAGGGUGAACUUACUAUUACAUCGGAUAUGGAAGAAUUAGAAAAUUCCUUGUUUCUCGAUCAAGUUCCUGCAGUCUGGACUCAAAGAGCAUAUCCUUCUUUGUUAGGGCUAACUCCCUGGUUUGUUGAUUUAUUAUUAAGGUUGAGAGAAUUGGAAACAUGGUCUACUGAUUUCGUUUUACCGGCUUCAGUUUGGCUGGCGGGAUUUUUUAACCCCCAAUCACUCUUAACCGCAAUCAUGCAGUCUACAGCCAGAAGGCAUGAACUUCCCCUCGACAAAAUGUGUUUGCAGUGUGACGUCACGAAGAAAAAUAAAGAAGAAUUCACGACAGCGCCACGAGACGGCGCUUAUGUUCAUGGGAUUUUUAUGGAAGGGGCAAGAUGGGAUGUUCAAGCAGGAAUAAUUGUGGAUUCGAGACCAAAAGAAUUAUUUCCAGCUAUGCCGGUGAUAAACAUACGAGCCAUUACUCAAGAUAAACAAGAUUUAAGGAACAUGUAUGAAUGUCCUGUUUACAAAACGAGAACUCGAGGUCCAACCUACAUUUGGACAUUUAAUUUGAAGACGAAAGAUAAACCUGCAAAAUGGACAUUAGCUGGAGUAGCUUUAUUGUUACAAACUUAA